AUGUCUGGAAGAGGCAAAACCGGAGGAAAGGCCCGCGCUAAGGCGAAGUCCCGUAGCUCCCGCGCUGGUCUUCAAUUCCCCGUCGGUCGUGUUCACCGUCUGCUGAGGAAGGGCAACUACGCUCAUAGAGUAGGCGCGGGUGCUCCCGUGUACAUGGCUGCUGUCCUCGAGUACCUGACUGCUGAGAUCCUGGAGUUGGCUGGCAACGCCGCUCGGGACAACAAGAAGUCCCGUAUCAUUCCCCGCCAUCUGCAACUGGCGGUUCGUAACGACGAGGAGUUGAACAAACUACUCGGCGGUGUAACCAUCGCCCAGGGAGGAGUGUUGCCCAACAUCCAGGCGGUUUUGCUACCAAAGAAGACCGGGGCGGCCGCUGCACCAAGCGGGAAGGCGGGAAAGAAGGCUUCCUCACAGUCCCAAGAAUAUUAG